AUGACUACCGUCUACCAAGUUGUCUACGACACUGUUUCUCUGGCUGUGCUGCUGGGCCUGGACUCAGAUACCACCAUCACCUUGCUCACUACUAUCAGAACGACUACCUAUGAGCCGAUCUCGACCACUGCUACUGCUUCACAGCUGGCAGAAAUGAUGGAGCCUUCAAUCAAAACAUCCACUCUGUCCUCGACUUCAUCUUCUACUCAUGCAUCGCUGACUUCUUCUCUCAAGUUGGCUCAAACUUCCUUGGCUUUGACAGAAACGAUAACUGAACCCGGCUCCAAUACAAGCGGAACAAAGCUAGGAUUGGCAAUCGGCAUACCAAUUGCGGUCAUUUCGCUUUUCGUGCUUGUGGCAUUGGGAUGGGUGUUUUUGAGGAAGAAGAUCCGGUCAAAGUCCACUGAGUAUUUGACCUAUGAUGCUGAAGAAGCAUACGGAGGGAAGCCUACUUUUGAAAGAAGAAAGAAUCUUCCAACAUCGACUGAAACAACUGAGAAGAACCCACCACGUUUUUUGAGCCGCCUCUCCAGAAUGGUCAAUCCUGAAUGGAUCCUGUCCUUGGACUUGAAGCUGCCUGUGUUCAUGAAAUCAUUUAACUUGAAGAAAGAAGAACCAGAAGAGAAGCAGGAAGAAAAUCUGUCUGUGCCAGGGUACAAAUCCAAAAGACCUCCUUCGCUAGAUUUGUCUAAAGGCUCCGUGAGCUCGGUGGAAAAUGUUUCAUCAGAUUCGAAGCUCGUGGUUAUCAAAGCUUAUACAAAAUCCCAGGCUGGAGAAAUAUCCAUCGUUGUUGGAGACCUUGCUGUGAUGAACUUCCACAAAGGAAAUGAAGCUCAUAUUAGUCUUCUCAACAGAGAAGGCUACGGUUUUGUUCCCAUGAACUGUCUUCGCAAAUAUUGA